CCUGCCGCUGAUGAUGGCCUGUCCCAAACACAAGACAAAAACAAAUUUCGUGUGCUCUGUUAGCGACGCCUGGUCCGUUCAUCCCCCCGCAGGCUGUUCAACCGCAGACAAAGAUGGUUUCUCCGGUCACUGUGGUCAAGAGCGAGGGUCCAAAGCUUGUUCCAUUCUUCAAAGCCACUUGUGUCUAUUUUGUUCUGUGGCUACCCACCUCGAGCCCUUCCUGGUUCAGUGCCCUCAUCAAAUGUCUGCCCAUCUUCUGUCUCUGGGUUUUUCUGCUCGCCCAUGGCAUCAGCUUUUUAGGUGCCCACUCCAGUGCCAGGAAAAUCCUGGCAGGACUUAUUUUUUCAGCUUUGGGUGACGCAUUUCUCAUCUGGCAAGAACAAGGCUACUUUAGUCAUGGACUGUUUAUGUUCGCCAUCACCCACAUUCUCUACUCUUCGGCCUUUGGGAUGAAGCCCCUCAACCUGAGAGCAGGCCUGAUCAUCGCUGUCAUCUCAGGCUUCAGCUACACCCUACUGUACCCCUACCUCUCUGGUCCCUUCACCUACCUGGUGGCUGUUUACAUUGCUCUCAUUGGCUUCAUGGGCUGGAGGGCUAUUGCUGGAGUCCAGCUCACCAAUGACCUCUGGACCUGGACGAAACUAUCUGCCUGCCUCGGAGCCGUCCUCUUCAUGGUGUCUGACCUCACCAUUGCUGUCAACAAGUUCUGCUUCCCAGUGCCCCACUCUCGAGCUAUCAUAAUGGCCACCUACUAUGCUGCCCAGAUGUUGAUUGCAUUGUCAGCUGUGGAAUGUCAAGACGCAGAUGCAGCUCGGAAAAGAGCCUGAGGAGCCGCAUAUAAACCAACCUUCCCCUAAUGACUCAACAUUGUUAGCAGCUACACAGGUUCAAGUUCCACUUUCUGCAACCCCUGGUCCAUCCACAGUUCCCCUGUCUGACCUUAGCUGGGAAAUGUUGGUUAUAGUUGAGGAAUUGACAGUUUAAGAUCACGUGAGACCAA